AUGUUGGCUGGCACGAUCUGUGACAACGACAGGAUAGCCGUGGCUGAACAGAAAGAACGUGCUUUGCGUUGGCGUCGCGGUGCACCAUGCCCGUCAUCUGAUGAGACACCUUCUUCAAACUCUCCAAGAGGCCUAACUGUUCCAUCAUCCUCGUGA